AUGCUUGAUGGGUUGAGCCCCCAGGCUGGCAAAAUCUGGAAGAAGACAGUUUUAACCUUUUCCUUUGAUGGCAAACACAUGACAGAAACCUUCCUUAUUGGAAUUUGCGCACCCUCUCAUUCCCUGGAACACGUGGCCAUUGCCAAGGAGGAGGAAGCAGACAAGGAUCCAUUGAAUGGAGUACCCCCCAAAUAUCACCAAUAUGCAAAGGUGUUUGGGGAAGAAGUGUUGAAUAAGCUUCUGCCCCAUAGGCAUUACAAUAUUGGCAUAGAACUCAAGGAGGAAGGACCCUUAAACUUGCCCCUCUACAGUAUGACUGAUGCCAAGUCCACUACACUCAAGGACUGGCUUAGGGACAAGUUGAAGGCUGGGAAGAUCUGCCCUAGCAAAUUGUCCAUUAGUUCCCCUGUGAUGUUUGUACCAAAAAAGGAUGGCUCCCACCACUUGGUUGUAGACUACCGCUGCUUGAAUAACUGGACAAAGAAAAACAUUUACCUCCUGCCCCAUCCUGAUGACCUCAUGGCCCAGCUCCAUGGCGCCAGGGUCUUUACUAAGUUGGACCUACAUUGGGGUUACAAUAAUAAGUCUCUGGUUAUGACAUUUGGCCUGACAAAUGCCCCUGCUGCAUUCCAGCACUUCAUGAACAAGCUGUUCAAAGAUUUGUCAGAUGUAUGCAUCAUCAUAUAUCUAGAUGACAUCCUAAUUUACUCAAAGGAUGAUGCAUCACACACACAGCACGUCCACAAAGUCCUCCAGCGGUUGAUGGAUAACCAAUUGUUCUGCAAGGCCUCUAAGUGUACCUUCCACGUCACAUUGGUAGAAUACCUGGGUAUCAUUGUCUUGGAUAAAGGGUUCAGCCUGGAUAAACUCAAGAUCCAGGCAGUGCAAGAAUGGCCAACCCCAACCAAGGUUAAGGAAGUACAGUCCUUCCUUGGGUUUGCAAACUUCCUUUGUUGCUUUGUUGCCAACUUCAGUCACAUAGCAAGGCCCCUGCACAACCUGGUCAAGAAAGACAUGCUGUGGAAAUGGGAAACUAGGGAACAGGAAGCCUUCCAGACCCUGAAAGACACCAUCACCAACACCCCAGUACUUUGUCACACCAACCUGUCUAAACCAUACUUCAUUGAAACAGACGCAGCAGGUGCAGCCCUGGGGUCCAUACUCAGCCAAUGCCAGGAGGAUGGACGCUUACACCCCCUUGGGUUCCUGUCAGAAUCCUUCAAAGGAGCAGAACAGAACUACAACAUGCAUGAUAAGGAACUCUUGGCUAUUAUCUGGUCUUUUGAAUAA